ACCUACAGGGCUCAACCGUGUCCCUUGUUGCUCAAGUGCUUGUACCGAAAGUGGUCCCGAGAAAAGUGAGCAGGUUUUUUCACUCCAACUUGUUGCUGAAGAUAUCACCAGCCCUAUUGUGCUUACGAGAUGGCAACUCUCGUUGAUCGUCAGUAUCUGGAUUGACUUGAUUUUUAAUUCUCCUGGAUUGAGCUCGUCGUUGAUGGGGAAUCAGUUGGAUUUUUGAUAUGUUCCAUCAGACAUGAUGAACGCCUGAGGUCAAUCUUAGGGUGGUUUUCUCUUUUCUUUAUUUUGUUAAUUACUUUACUGAAACUACAGUUCCUGAGCUUGAGUGGAACUUUCUUUCCAAAAGAAUUAGCCUUCUUCUGGUGGUAAACAAAGAAGAUGAGGAUCAAGAAAGACCCUUCAACAAGAAUUAGGGCCUUCGUUUAACUUUCUUCAGCGUUCUUCUUCUCAAUCUUUCCGAAGCCCGAUUGAUUAGACCUUGUAUUGGGUGUUACGAAAAUUUUGCAAUGUCCACUCAUAGCCGGAAUAUGAUGACAUCGACGAAAAGGCAAUGAUUGGGCUCAUUCCAACAUCCCUUGGUGAUCAACUGACUAGAUGUUUUUGUAGGCCCAAGGGCGAGUGUCGUCAACCAAGACGUUCCACGAUCACUCAAAGUGGCUUGGUCUCGUGCAGAAUGGAGUUGAGAUGAUACGAAAGUGAUGCUCAGCGUUGUGAUCGCACUUUCCCUCACCCUGAUAUCCCUGAUCGGAUUGAUUUUCAACCUGGUCAUCGUGAUUGCUCUUUGUUUAUCCAAACGGCUCGCUGUUCCGGCUAAUUUGCUCAUUCUUCAUUUGGGCGUGAUCCAUGUUCAAUUUUGUGCUGCCUUCUUAUUAGUGGCUUCGCCCUCACUGCUACGAGGAAGUGGGACAUUCUUGGGAUUCUCUGUCAUUUGUUCCAUUCAAGGCUUCAUCACGACGACCAACUAUCCAAUUAUGAUUUGGAAUCUCUCAGGAAUUCAUUUGGAUCGGUUCGCCUCUAUUGCCUAUCCUCUCAGAUAUACCAAUUUCGUGACUCGUUCGCGAAUAAUAUCUUACAUGGCCUUUGCCUGGGUCAAUGUCAUGGUGGCCAGUGUGCCUACGGCCUUUGGAUUUCCAGGUCUGGAAUACCGCACCACGUUUGGCACCUGUGUUCCGGCUUACUCUCAGAAUUUGUACUUCCCCGUGCUUUAUUCCUCCUUGGGGCUCAUUGUGCCUUUCAGUAUCAUCCUCAUAGUGAACCUUCGCAUUGUUCGCAUUGCCAAAUACCACCAGUUUCGAAUUGCUAACGCCCUCUUGGGCAUGUCCUUUCCACCCACGGAACAAUCCCAAGUUCGUCUCAAGCAGAGAGAGUCCUUGAAAAAGUUUGAGGGCAUGAAGGGGGUCUUGGCCGUGACUCGAUUGGUGGGCUCUCUCACCAUAUUGUAUGCGCCCUUUGUCACUAUGAUUAUGGUCGAGUCCAUCACGAAACGGGAAAUAGACCCUUGGUUGGGAAAUCUCUGCCUCAUCUUAGUAAUGGUCAGUCCAAUUUACAACGGCAUUGCCUAUGGUCUCAAAAAUAAGGAUGUGAUGGGAGUUUUGACGAACUUUGUGCGGAAAGAGUACUACAAGAAUGAAAUUCAACAAGAGAUUCGUUUACGUAGUCCGGGUCCACCCUCCUCACGAGCAUCCAUGCAUAACAUCUUUGGCCAACUCUCUCAAGUGCCCAUGCUUAAAAGACACAUCUCUUCCACCUCAAUGACACCGGAUUUGGGCAACCGAGCAUUCCGAUCCUCGUCCACUUUCCACAUUCCCAGUGACCAAUUGGCUUGUCUGAAGCGCAACCAAGUCAACCAGAACCACAGAAACUUUAAUGCAUCUUCGAUGAAUGUCAACCAAGAGGACUUUCAAAGUGCUCUGGUCAUCCCCAAACCCAUGCAAGGCCGACCUCCGCCAUUACAACGCCAUACAUCAGACCUCACUUGGCGUAUCAAACGUAUUCAAGACGCUGAGAAUGCGAGAAUUGGCCUAGAACCUAUGGAACGAGGCUCUUCUGAGGAGGAUGAGCACGAUGAGGUCCACCAAUAUUCGAUUCCAGUGUCUCGACAAAGUUCGGGAAACUCGCUGGGCGUGCCGGGUCAACCUCGUCUGGAUCGCAUUUCCACCGGCGACGGCGACGACGACGACAACGACGAGGAUGCUAUUAUCAUCAAGACUGAGGAGAAUAACCAUCGAAAUGCGAAGGAGAACAAAGCUCCCCGGGAAAAUGGAUCCGUUACAUUUGAGAACUUCAAUUUCAUUUCAAAGAAAAUAUACCAAUUAGCCAAAAUGGACCGUCGAAACCCAAAGCCAACAAAAAUAAUCCCUAAAAUAGCUAAGGAUGUACCACUUGCAAGAGUGACAAUGGUAAACAAUGAAGAUUCGGAUGCCAGCUCGGACUUUGUUCCAAUGGACAACAGCGAUUCCGAAGGGUGUGGUAACAGUUUAGACUCGACGAGUAACUCUAGGAAGGGCUCAAUUAGUAGUGGUAGUAAAAAGACAAGUGGAGUAACAUCUAGUAGGUUGAUGUCUACUACAUUCAAAUCAUUGUGGCAUUCUUCCCAUCGCUUCAAUAAGGAUCGUCCCCGAAUCACCAUCACUCGUGUCCCAACCAUUGAUCAAUCGAGUCUUGAGUUCUUGUAUCCCGAAAUUUCAAAUAUUCCAACCAAAGUAACGGGUACAGUGACCGUCCAUAGAGAGCCGCCCAAAAAGGCUCCUUGGCCGAAUAAGCCGGAUACUUCGUUACAAAAUGACACAAUUCACGAAACCUCGUAUAAUGAAGACACAGAGAGCGACCAAAGCGAAAAGAACAACAUGGAAGAGCUGGAGAACGUACAAGAGCAGGAAGAGGAGUUGGAACUUCCGGAGGAUCCCGUGGAUGAGAUCCAUUGAGUUUAGACAUGGUUUAUAUUGAGUCUCAUACGUACAUUGUAACCCUUCAGCUGUUGUAAGAAUUGAAAGUGGUAAUAAUGCUAGAUAGAUGUCGUAUCUAGCUAAAUAAAUGGAAUUUACGCGUC